AUGGUGACAUCGAACGUAUACUUAGUAACUGGAGGUGCGGGAUUUGUCGGCAGCCAUCUAGUUCAGCGUUUACUCGAACUUAAUCUCGGACAAGUUAUCCUAUUGGAUAAUUUCAAUGACUAUUAUUCUCCAUUGAUUAAACAACGGAAUGUUGAAUUGAUUCAAACUCGUUUCCCUUCACAUGUACUCGAUCGAAGUUUGAUCGUUAUUCGUGGUAGUAUCAAUGAUGUUGAACUUCUACAAAUGAUUUUCAAUAAAUAUCAAAUUACUCACAUUGCUCAUCUCGCUGUAAGUCUGAAAUUAAUUAAACUAAGUAGAUCUACGAGUGAUGAUUUCCAGGCACUUGCUGGUGUUCGUUCCUCGACUACUCAGACGGGUAAAUAUAUGGAAAUCAAUUACGCUGGUACACAGAAUCUCCUUGAUCUUGCUGUGGCACAUAAAAUUACUCAAUUCGUCUUUGCUUCAACGUCAAGUGUUUACGGUCAAACGGAUAACCUUCCAUUCGUGGAAAGUGACUCCUGUGCACAACCCCUGUCACCUUACGCUGCAACAAAACGCGCCGCAGAGAUAUUAGCACACGUUUACAACAAUAUUCAUGGAUUAAAUGUAACUAUUCUACGUUUAUUCAAUGUAUAUGGACCACGUGGACGACCUGAUAUGAUGCCAUUUAAACUGAUGCGUGCCGCAAUCGAUUCUUCAUGUAUAGUUGAUGUUUUCGAUGACGGAGAGAUCAAACGUGAUUGGACGUACAUCGACGACGUUGUCGAUGGGUUUGUAAAUGCACUAAAGAUACCACUUGGUUAUGAAAUAAUCAAUAUCGGAUGCGGAAAUCCAUUGAAACUGUCGACAUUCAUCGAGUACAUCGAACAUCUAUCAGGUAAACGUAUAUCGAAACGAGCCAUGGAAUCACAUAAAACGGAACCAUCGAUAACUUAUUGUGAUAAUUCCAAAGCACGUGAAUUACUUGGUUUCACUCCGAAGACAACUGUCCGGGAGGGUCUAGAGAAAACUUGGAAUUGGUUUCGCGAAGAAUACGCCAUCGAUGACGAUUCGGAAUGA